AUGGGCGCUCAACCAAGCAGCGUGGGAAGCUGGACCGUGGUGGACCCUUCCCGAGUGGAAAGAAGCUCACCUGUGGAUGAGGCAGAAGCUCGGAGCAGCAGGACUGGUUCGACCAAUGGUCUCGACUCGAGAUCCUCUUCUCACUCGCCAAUCGAUCGGACAGGCGACCGGAGUCUUGCAGGAUCGCCCCCAACAGACGUCGGCUCGAGUGCAGCCGCUGCCAUCCAUAGCGCGGCUACGGCCAACGGCACUGUCUCAAGAGGUCAAGAUUUGUCGCCGGAGAGAGCGCGGCACAGGAGGGACAGCGAGGCAAGCAGUAGCGGAGCAGGAGGUACGCACGCGCACGGCAGAGGCAAGAGAGCCAACGCAAAGGAGAGGGAAGAGAUGCAGAAAUGUCUUCGAGGAGAUGUGGAGAAUGUCACGACGGGUGAGUGAUGCGCAAACAAUGUGGGCAGCCACGGGAGCUGAUGCGCGUCGUGUCUUUGAUCAUGCGCAGACCCGACAGCGCUGCUGGCUGGACUCUCUCUGGACUGGGCCAAGCAUCCGCCCUUGUCCUUUGCGACGCAGCCCAGCACUGCGCGACCAGCCAACUUUGCGGCCGCAAGCAGCGCAACACUUCCAGAGACGGCUCUGGCAGGUCCAAGUUUCGCGUCUGCCGCAUUAUCACCAGCUGCUGGAGCCUCUGGCAAAAGACAGCAGGUGGACGUGGUCAGUAUGGGCGGUGAUGGUCUCUUUGCUUCUGGUGGCUUUGGAGCUUCCCAGACGGAUCUCCCGAGCGCGGAAGAAGACGCUCAAGCGGACGCUGCUCUGUCCGAGGAGAAGCAGAGCCUUGCUAGAGCAAACAGCCAUCGGACAAUACGACGAAGAGAGCGCUUCGUGCGGUGCUUGGCGAGCGAGACGGUUUCCAUGGGUGAGCGCGCAGGCAGCACUUUUGAGCGCCGGCAGCACUUUAAUCGGCAUGGACGCUGGCUGACCCUGUUGCUAUUGCAGAUGAGCUGCGCGCGCUCGCAUGGCAAGGCGUGCCGGAGGAGCUGAGACCCAUGGUAUGGCAGCUCCUGUUGGUGAGUCUGAAAGAGCCCGCGAUAUGCAAUCUUUCAGCUGACGCGAUCGUGACAGGGCUACUUACCGCCAGCGAAAGCCCACCGCGCAUCCGUCUUGGCUCGAAAGAGGUCAGAGUAUGCUCAAGGAACAAAGCUCGCUUUUCAAAGAGGCACCCAGGGACUGGACACGGCAAUCUGGCACCAGAUCCGCAUCGAUGUGCCGCGCACGAACCCGGGCAUCAGCCUCUGGCAGCGAGAGGCGACGCAGAGGGUCAGUGGAGGGUUCUGCAUGCGCGCGCUUGGACGACUCUCACGCUGCACGCUCCCCCUGCACGAUUCAGGCACUCGAAAGGAUCCUCUACGUUUGGGCCAUUCGGCAUCCAGCAAGCGGUUACGUGCAAGGCAUCAAUGAUCUGGCGACUCCCUUCUUUGAGGUUUUCUUGAGCGCUUACAUCUGUGAGUAGCGAGGCAAAGGUGGGCUCUUGCGCUCCCGGCGCGCUUACAUUCUCUCUUUGCGCGCAGCCGGUGACCCGGAGAGCUACGACGUUUCCAUGCUGCCCGAAGCUGCUUUGGAAGCGCUGGAGGCGGACACGUUUUGGUGUCUAUCUAAGCUUCUCGAUGGCAUUCAGGAUAAUUACAUCUUUGCUCAACCUGGCAUACAGAGACAAGUCCGUCGCAUGGCAGCUCUCGUGGCGAGAAUCGAUCCGCCACUGCAUGCGCACCUCGAGGAGCAGGGUGUGGAGUACAUGCAGUUUGCGUUUAGAUGGAUGAAUUGCUUGUUGAUGCGAGAGAUGAGCGUUCGGAACAUUGUCCGAAUGUGGGACACGUAUCUGGUGAGUGGGGGCGAAUGACACGCUUCUCAGCACUCUUUUGACUGACCACCUCGCUCUUGCUCCACCACCUCCCUCUUGCUUCCAUAGGCGGAAGGGCCGGACGCAUUCUCCGAAUUCCAUCUCUACGUGUGCAGCGUCUUUUUGAGCAAGUGGAGCUCGGAGCUGCUCAAGAUGGAUUUCCAAGGCAUCAUCAUGUUCCUCCAAAGCUUGCCUACGGGUGAUUGGAGCGACAGGGAUGCCGAGAUGCUCCUGAGCGACGCCUUUGUGUGAGUCUAGGCCGACCGUGCUUGCCAACGUCUAUGCUGACUCCUGCGCGUCCAUCGACGAGCAGGAAAAAGAGCCUGUUUGGCGGCACGGGCCACCUCGUCAAGUAG